AUGGUGUCCCGGGUGUGGUCGCUGAUGAGGUUUCUCAUCAAGGGCGGCGUGGCAGGGGGCGCGAUCUACCUGGCAUACGAUCAGGAGUUGCUGGGCCCCAGCGACAAGAGCCAGGCGGCGCUUCGGAAGGCUGAGGAGGUGGUCCCCCCAGCCAUGUACCAGUUUAGCCAGUACGUGAGCAAGGAGACAGGCCUGCAGAUACCCCAGCUCCCAGCCCUUCCAAAGUUUAACUUUUCUUUCCGGGAAUCCUGGAAUUCAGGUAUCAUUACGGUGAUGUCAGCGCUGUCAGUGGCCCCUUCCAAGGCCCAGGACUACUCCGUGCAGGGCUGGAACUAUGUGAAGGAGCACACCAUGGGGCGUUCCAAGUAG